UUCGUUUUCACUCAAACAAGACUCACGCUUCUCAUCUCGGUCUGACAUCGAACUUGACUGCUUUGCUGAUUUAACCAACCCACCAACCAACAAUGUUCUGCCUUCACUGCAGGGCCGUCCCCUCAGCCAUCAGGGCAGCUACGUCCUCAAUAAACAAACAGAUAACGCCCACUCUCCACCUCAGCUCGCAACCAAAGCUGCAAUACCAUCUCCGACCCUUCUCCUUCGCAACUACCGCAACCACACGACCAACCCUCUCCCUUCCCCAUUCACAACAGCCCCAGGCGCCGACACAGACUCUAUCACUUCUGCCGAAUAGGUCUGCGAUCUCACAGCAAGUCCGUUCUUUCUCCGCUAGUGCAUCACUCGGCGGAAAACGCGCCACGUAUAACCCCUCGCGGCGGGUACAGAAGCGUCGCCAUGGGUUCCUGGCUAGGCUGCGGUCAAAGUCUGGGCAGAAGAUCCUUGCUCGGCGGAGGGCUAAAGGCAGGAAGAGCUUGAGCUGGUGAAUUUUCCCUUCUCUUCAUUCGCUUUUCUAUUGAGCCUUGUGCCUUAGACUAUAGGAUUGUCGGUUUGUAUAUUUAUGGUUUGAGGCGGUCAUGGUCACCGACACGCGUCUUUCGUGGUCAGUGAUAUGACAAGUCCUUUGUAAUCCUAGAGGAGACGAGGGCUUCUCAUUUUGAGCUU